AUGACCUCUGAGAAAGCACGCCAACGCCUCACAAUGCUGAGUGAGCAACUCGCAGUGCCCGCCGAAGACCCGGGUAUGUUCGAAGACAUCCCGAAGAUACGUCGGAUUGCAGGUGACUCAGCUGGACAACGCACAAAAGGCAAAGUUGUUAUAAUAACCGGCACAAAUUCCGCCAUGGGAAUCGGCCGCGCGACAGCCCACCAAUUCGCGCAUAACGGGGCACGGGCCGUAUAUUUAUGCGAUUACGAUGAUGAACACCUCCCUGUACACAAACGAGAGCUGGAAAGCUUGUACCCGGAGAUGGACGUUCAUAUCCGGCAAUUUGAUGCCGCUGAGGAAGAGGCAGUGAAGAAUGUGGUACAAGAAGCACUAGAUAAAUAUGGACGACUGGACGUUUUUUUUGCCAAUGCGGGUCGGGCGAGCGGGAGUGUGUUCACUGAUAUAGACGCUGACGACUGGAUGGAGAUGAUGAGGGUUAACACGUUGAGUGUAUUUCUUGCUGCAAAGUAUGGCGCGAAAGCUAUGCUCAAGACAUCAAAGGACAAGCCCUACCCUUGCGGUUCUAUUAUUGGGACAGCGUCCGUUGCUGGCAUCCGCUCGAACGCUGGGUCAACUGAUUACUCCGCAUCUAAAGCCGCUGUGGUUUCCAUCGCUCAGACAGUCUCUUAUCAACUGGCUGGUACUGGAAUUCGGUGUAACGCCAUCUGCCCAGGUGUUAUCGAGACGGGUAUGACGAAGCCCAUGUACGAUGCUGCAAGGGCGAAGGGAACGCAGAAGAAGAUUGGACAAUUGAACCCGCUGAAGAGGGGUGCGGCGGCGGACGAGGUUGCGCGUGUGGCACUCUUCUUGGGAAGCGACGAAAGCAGCUAUGUCAACGGGCAGGCAUGGGCUGUUUGUGGUGGAUUAAGCGCAGGUCAUCCGUUUGUACCCGGAAAGAUGGCGUAG